GACAGAAAAUUUCAAGCCUGCAGAGGACCCUGCUGACUGUGGCUCCUGAAGAAGUGCAACGAUGUCAACUCCAGACGCUGACAUGGCCGCCUUUGGCGAGGCGGCUCCUUACCUCCGAAAGUCAGAGAAGGAGAGAAUUGAGGCCCAGAACAAACCUUUUGAUGCCAAGACCUCUGUCUUUGUGGUACAUCCAAAGGAGUCCUAUGUGAAAGGGAAAAUCGAGAGUAAGGAUGCAGGGAAGGUCACUGUCAAGACUGAAGGUGGAGAGACCCUGACAGUGAAGGAAGAUCAAAUCUUCUCCAUGAACCCUCCCAAGUAUGACAAGAUCGAGGACAUGGCCAUGAUGACCCACCUCCACGAACCCGCCGUGCUGUACAACCUCAAAGAGCGUUACGCAGCCUGGAUGAUCUACACCUACUCGGGUCUCUUCUGCGUCACUGUCAACCCCUACAAGUGGCUGCCGGUGUACAACCCCGAGGUGGUGUUGGCCUACCGAGGCAAGAAGCGCCAGGAGGCCCCUCCACACAUCUUCUCCAUCUCUGACAACGCCUAUCAGUUCAUGCUGACUGAUCGGGAGAACCAGUCCAUCCUGAUCACCGGAGAAUCCGGUGCUGGGAAGACUGUGAACACAAAGCGUGUCAUCCAGUACUUUGCAACAAUUGCAGCCAGUGGGGACAAGAAGAAGGAGGAGCAGACAUCAGGCAAAAUGCAGGGGACGCUUGAGGAUCAAAUCAUCAGCGCCAACCCACUGCUGGAGGCCUUUGGAAACGCCAAGACCGUGAGGAACGACAACUCCUCUCGCUUUGGCAAAUUCAUCAGAAUCCACUUUGGGGCCACAGGCAAACUGGCUUCUGCUGACAUUGAAACUUAUCUGCUGGAGAAGUCCAGAGUCACUUUCCAGCUCAAGGCGGAAAGGAGCUACCACAUCUUUUAUCAGAUCAUGUCCAACAAGAAGCCAGAGCUAAUUGACAUGCUCCUCAUCACCACCAACCCUUACGAUUUCCACUAUGUGAGUCAAGGGGAGGUCACUGUCCCCAGCAUUGAUGACCAGGAGGAGCUCAUGGCUACAGAUAGUGCCAUUGACAUCCUGGGUUUCAGUGCUGAUGAGAAAACAGCCAUCUACAAGCUGACAGGGGCUGUCAUGCAUUAUGGGAACCUGAAGUUCAAGCAGAAACAACGAGAGGAGCAGGCAGAGCCUGAUGGCACUGAAGUGGCUGACAAGGCUGCCUACCUAACGGGCCUGAACUCAGCUGAAUUUCUCAAGGCCUUGUGUUACCCCCGAGUCAAAGUUGGGAAUGAAUAUGUGACCAAAGGUCAAAACGUGACACAGGUGAACAAUUCAGUGGGUGCCCUGGCAAAGGCAAUGUUUGAGAAGAUGUUCCUGUGGAUGGUUGUUCGCAUCAACCAACAGCUGGACACGAAGCAGCCCAGGCAGUACUUCAUUGGUGUCCUGGACAUUGCUGGCUUUGAGAUCUUUGAUUUCAACAGCUUUGAGCAGCUGUGCAUCAACUUCACCAAUGAGAAACUGCAACAGUUCUUCAACCACCACAUGUUCGUGCUGGAGCAGGAGGAGUACAAGAAGGAAGGGAUUGAAUGGGAGUUCAUUGACUUUGGCAUGGACCUGGCUGCCUGCAUUGAGCUCAUUGAGAAGCCCAUGGGUAUUUUCUCCAUCCUGGAAGAGGAGUGCAUGUUUCCCAAGGCAACUGACACCUCUUUCAAGAACAAGCUCUAUGACCAGCAUCUGGGCAAGUCCAACAACUUCCAGAAGCCCAAGCCUGGCAAAGGCAAGGCUGAAGCCCACUUCUCCCUGGUGCACUACGCUGGCACAGUGGACUACAACAUCUCUGGCUGGCUGGAGAAGAACAAGGACCCUCUGAAUGAAACUGUCAUUGGGCUGUACCAGAAAUCAUCUGUGAAGACCCUGGCUUUACUUUUUGCUUCUUAUGGUGGAGCCGAUGCUGAUGCUGGUGGUGGUGGUGGCAAGAAGGGAGGCAAGAAGAAGGGUUCUUCUUUCCAGACUGUCUCAGCUCUUUUCAGGGAGAAUUUGAACAAGCUGAUGGCCAACUUGAGAAGCACUCACCCCCAUUUUGUACGGUGCAUCAUCCCAAAUGAAACUAAAACACCUGGUGCCAUGGAGCACGAGCUGGUGCUGCACCAGCUGCGCUGUAACGGCGUGCUGGAAGGGAUCAGGAUUUGCAGGAAAGGGUUCCCCAGCAGAGUCCUCUAUGCUGACUUCAAACAGAGAUACAGAGUACUUAAUGCCAGUGCUAUCCCAGAGGGACAGUUCAUGGACAACAAGAAGGCUUCAGAGAAGCUUCUUGGGUCCAUUGAUGUUGACCAUACCCAGUACAAAUUUGGUCACACCAAGGUGUUCUUCAAAGCUGGCUUGCUGGGACUCCUGGAAGAGAUGAGAGAUGACAAGUUGGCAGAAAUCAUCACUCGCACACAAGCCAGAUGCAGGGGCUUCCUGAUGAGAGUGGAGUAUAAGAAAAUGGUGGAGAGGAGGGAGUCCAUCUUCUGCAUCCAGUACAACGUUCGUUCAUUCAUGAAUGUCAAACACUGGCCAUGGAUGAAGCUGUUCUUCAAGAUCAAGCCCUUGCUGAAGAGUGCAGAGUCUGAGAAGGAAAUGGCCAACAUGAAGGAAGAGUUUGAGAAAACCAAGGAAGAACUUGCAAAGUCUGAGGCAAAGCGGAAGGAGCUGGAGGAGAAAAUGGUGGCCUUGGUGCAGGAGAAAAAUGACCUGCAGCUCCAAGUGCAGGCAGAAGCAGACAGCUUGGCUGAUGCUGAGGAAAGGUGUGACCAGCUCAUCAAAACAAAAAUACAGCUGGAAGCCAAAAUUAAGGAGGUGACUGAAAGAGCAGAGGAUGNACCUGGGCAAGUCCAACAACUUCCAGAAGCCCAAGCCUGGCAAAGGCAAGGCUGA